GUUCACUCUAUAUGAUACAUAUCGAACGAAAAUGGUAGUUAUUGGCUAUUGGUAAUGGCAGAUAAAAAUAUGGUUCAAAACGCAGUAAAACCAAAAGAAAAUCAUGAAGGUGAUGAAAAUGGAUGGGAAAAUGAAGAAAAUGACGAAAAUUGCAAUGAUGCUGAAUUUGAAGCUAUAAAUGCUCAACUAGAUCAGCUUAAUUCAGUGUUGGAUAACCUCGAACAAAAAAAUGACGAUAUUCGUGCAGAAUUGAUUCAAUUACUACAAUCUAAUCGUGAAGCAAGAAAACAAUUUCAAGAAUUUCAGGAUUCUAUAAUAUAUUCAGAUAAUAAUAAUAUAUUGUAAAUAUAUUAAAUAAUAAAACAAUAUAAUAGUACAUAUAUAUUGUACAGUAUAUUACAAUAUAUUACAGUAAAAUGUGCCAAUAUCUAAAAAUGGAACAUUCCUAUUAAAAUUUAUAUAUGUAAAUUCUCUUUAUGUUCUUUAUAAAAUAUACAUUAAUAUUUAUUAUGUA